UACUGCGCAUGCGCAGAACUCGCCGUAGCAUGCGCGUGGAAGCACUGUGACAGAUCUUUUGCAGCCUCCUCCCGUGACUCAGCUCAGAACUGGCCGGUUUUUACCGUAUUCAUCCCCGAAAAUGUCGUGGCUGUUCGGCCUGAACAAGGGGCAACCGGAGCCUCCCCCCGGUCUGCCGGUUCAACCUCCACCGCCCCCGCCGCCUGCCGGCGGCUCCAGUGGCGGCGGAGAUAAACCCAAGGACAAAUGGAGUAACUUCGAUCCCACCGGUCUGGAGCGUGCUGCACAGGCGGCCAAGGACCUCGACAAGUCCCGACAUGCCAAAGAAGCUCUGGAAUUGGCUCGCAUGCAGGAGCAGAGCACUCAUAUGGAACACCAGAGCAAAAUUAAGGAGUAUGAAGCAGCUGUGGAGCAGCUAAAAGGCGACCAGAUAAAAAUCCAGGGUGAGGAGAGGAGGAAAACUCUAAAUGAGGAGACCAAGCAGCAUCAAGCGAGGGCCCAGUACCAGGACAAGCUGGCCAGGCAGCGUUAUGAGGACCAGCUAAGACAACAGCAAAUGUUGAAUGAGGACAACCUUCGCAAGCAGGAAGAGUCGGUUCAGAAACAGGAAGCAAUGAGGAAAGCGACCAUUGAGCACGAGAUGGAGCUGAGGCACAAGAACGAGAUGCUGCGCAUCGAGGCCGAGUCCAAAGCGCGCGGUCGUGUGGAGCGAGAGAACGCCGACAUCAUACGCGAGCAAAUCCGCCUGAAGGCCGCCGAGCACCGACAGACUGUCCUCGAGUCCAUUAAGACAGCAGGCGCAGUAUUUGGAGAAGGAUUCCGAGCCUUUGUGUCCGACUGGGACAAAGUCACGGCCACGGUGGCCGGACUCACCCUUUUAGCAGUGGGCGUGUAUUCUGCCCGCAACGCCACCGGUGUGGCGGGUCGUUAUAUCGAAGCGAGACUGGGGAAGCCGUCUUUGGUGCGAGAGACGUCCCGCUUCACUGUGGGGGAGGCCAUCAAGCAUCCGGUUAAGACGGUCAAAAGGCUGAAGAGCAAACCUCAGGAUGCCUUGGAAGGAGUUGUGCUCAAUCCUACCCUGGAAGAGCGUGUCCGUGAUAUUGCCAUAGCAACAAGAAACACAAGGCAGAACAACGGCCUCUACAGGAACAUCCUCAUGUACGGACCACCGGGCACCGGCAAGACGCUCUUUGCUAAGAAGCUAGCUGUGCAUUCUGGGAUGGACUACGCAAUCAUGACCGGCGGGGAUGUGGCACCUAUGGGCCGCGAUGGGGUGACCGCCAUGCAUAAAGUCUUUGACUGGGCCAAUACAAGCAGACGAGGUCUGCUGUUGUUUGUUGAUGAGGCUGACGCAUUCCUUCGCAAGAGAUCUACUGAGAAGAUCAGUGAAGAUCUGCGAGCCACUUUGAACGCGUUCUUGUAUCGCACUGGAGAGCAGAGCAACAGAUUCAUGUUGGUGUUGGCCAGUAACCAACCCGAGCAGUUUGACUGGGCCAUCAACGACCGGAUAGACGAAAUAGUCAAUUUUGCUCUUCCAGGACUUGAGGAGAGGGAGAGGCUGGUUCGCCUGUACUUUGACAGAUACGUGCUGGAACCCGCCACCGGAGGGAGGCAGAGGAUGAAGCUGGCGCAGUUUGACUAUGGUAAAAAAUGCUCCGAGAUAGCUAAGCGGGCAGAGGGCAUGUCCGGUAGAGAGAUUUCCAAGUUGGGAGUGGCCUGGCAGGCAGCGGCGUAUUCCUCUGAGGACGGCGUACUGACAGAGGCCAUGAUCGACGCCCGCGUGGACGACGCCGUCAAGCAGCACCAGCAGAAGAUGGACUGGCUGCGUGCAGAAGAGACUCAGACAAAGACCCUCACGCCUCCGCCAGCAGGGGGCGCCGCUAGUAGCUCCGUAGGUAAAAUGGGCUUCAAUCUGCCGCCUGGUGAUACACCUCGGGCUCAGGAGGUAAUCGCCCCACUCCUUGCCCAUGAGAUGAAGCAACAAGAGGACAGUCUACCUCAAGAGAGGACAGCAGAGUCUCAAAGUUCUCAAGAAGCCAGCAAAGCAAGUUUCGAGCAGAAUGCUGAAAACAAAGUGGACAAGGCUGACUCGCCUCCAAAAGAUGGAACUCCAGUUUGAGUCAGAUUAUUCCCAUGAAUUAAAAAAAUGCAGAAUCAUGUAACGCAAAUGCGUUUAUCUCUAUGUCUACACACUUGUUGGACCUCAAAGUCUAACCUGUGUAGGAGUACUUGUCUGUAACAACAUAAUGGAGUCAAGUCUGAUUAAACUAUGUUUUUACAAUCACUAACCAAUCCAUCUGCUUUGCGUGUACAUUGUCAUUGCUAGAAUAAUAAAGAUACUUAUUUGCCCUUCA